CAGACAACGCGCGACAUUGUCUUUUGACGAGCGGUGUUUUCGCACUCGUGAACGGUCUCUGUGUCCGCUGUCGUCUCGCGAUUCGUACCGCGUAACCGUGAGAACGCGAGUUUGGAUAAAAAAAAAUAAUUUUUAAAUAAAUAUUAAUAAUAAUCGCAGUCACAACAACAGUGGAUAGUGCGGUGUCCUCUUUCCCACCACCCCCGAGUCGGAUUCGGUUAACACGUAAUAAUAUCAUAAUAUCGUAUCACGCACGCGGCUAUCGAACACCAAAGUAAUAUUAUUUACGCGAAUCGCCUCGCGGUCGUCGCAGGUUUUUUUCUUCACGUCCAACGGAACAGAUGAACACUGUAUGCAGAGGAUACCCAUUGAGAUAUGCCACGAUGAACUUUUAAGAAAAGGAUUUAGAUUAAUUGAUAUGGCAGCAUCGUCAUUUUGAACCAUAUAACACAAGUACACAACACAUUUCGUAUUACGCUUAGGGAAAUUAUGGAGUUUCUGUGACAGCCAAAACACCACAAUGCAAGUACGAAGAUUUAUAUUCCUAUGUGGUAUGCUGUGCAUGAUCAAUUAUGGCUUUGGCUGUCAGUUGUCUGAGUUUAUGUGCGAUACGGGCUAUUGUGUAGCUUUGGAUAAAUUCUGCAACGGCAACGAUGACUGUGGUGACAAAUCAGAUGAACCGCCAUAUUGUUCACCUUGUAACCGGACAUACCACGGCGAAGUCGGCAGAACGUACGAGCUGGAAGUCAGAAGACCCAGAGAAGAUAGAUUGCCGUUCUUGUGUUACUUGAACUUUACCGCGGCCGGUGGCAAGUACGGCGAUAUAAUACAGUUGACAUUUGAUACGUUCACCGUGGGUAAAUUCGUUUCGUACACUUUGGAUGGAUGUCCUGACGGGUACAUGUCCAUCAGAGAAUCUCAAUUGCCAGACACCGGCGGUCAGUGGUGUGGUAGUGCAUGGGGUUUUACCGUUUACUACAGCGAAACCAGGUCGAUAAAUCUGACUCUCACACUGUCCAAACUCUCCGAACAGGGUAUUGGUUACAAUUUCGAUUUCAAAUUAUCAUACAAAUAUUUGAAAAAGAGCGAUGCACACCUCCGGUACGGAAAUAGUACCUUCCAGACGUGGCGAGGACAGAUGAUAACAGGAAGUUACUGCGACAGGAUACUCGAUCAGUGCGACCGUAAACUUUGCAGAGUCCAGUCGCCUAAUUUCCCGGGAGCUUAUCCCAGAAAUGUCACUUGCUAUUACAGGAUAGAACAGAGAACGGCCCCGAAAUCUAAGCGCGCCCUGAUCGUGGUUAGACAGCCGAAUGCCCACAAAAUUCAUAUUAAAGACCAAGUUAUAAAUUAUGAUCGAAGCCAACGUACACUCAGGGUUUGGGAUCAGUGCAACGUGAUUCAAGACUAUUUGACGGUGUACGAUGGGUCGUUGGCAACGGACCCCGUGCUGGUAAGGCUGUGCGGUGGUGACGCUGUACCGGAUAUCGUCAGUUCCGGGCCAAAUAUGCUGUUGGAAUUCCACACUUCCGCGUUCGACAACCCGUUCCAUCCGGUGCCGCUCAGCUACUUGCCAGGAUUUGAAUUGGACGUUGAGAUACUAUUUGUCGACAACAAAUCUCCCAGUUACGCCAAAAACACUAGUCAGUGUGAAUUCUUCAUCAAACCGUUCAACAAUACCAACUGGGGCCUUUUGGACAGUCCCAGACACUCGUUGCCACCAAACACGUCGUGCAAAUACCACUUUCAGGGUUCUAGUCACCAGACGGUCUGGCUGUCUUUCAUCAAGUACCAUGCGGCCAGCACCGAUCCAAACGCCUAUCAUCUGAGCAACGAAUGCAACGCUCGACUCCGGAUUUGGGAUAAAGUCGUAUCGACGAAAACCAAAAAGUCCGAGGUGGUACUCCUGGGCGAAUUCUGCAAGGAGCAGGACCUGCCGCGGCUGUGCGACCACGCGUUACUGGGUAACGACACCAGACACGUACGGCCUUGCGCGGCCAAGGAAUCGUACACAUCGUCGGCCAACGAGUUAACCGUGGAGAUCUACUUGAAACAGGGCUCCGUGCUGUUCCCGCUCCAGUUCCUGUUGCGGUACGAGUUCGUCGAUCAGUCGGCGGAGCGGCGGCAAGGGCCCGAAAACGCGGGUCCGGCCGCGUGCAGCCGGACAUUCGCCAGCGGUUCCGGGUACUUCGGGUCGCCGAAGAACGUGUUCUUCUACGGGCGGGGCGGUCGCCGGAACCUGACGUGCGUGUUCCGGUUCGUGCCCGGGUCGCCGGAAGAACGCGUCCGGGUGACCGUGUCCCGGAUCCACUCGGUCGGCGGGACGUGCACGACGGAAACAGACGCUCGGACGGACCGGUCGCGGUGCGUGUACGGCGGCAGCAGUAGCGCGGCCGCGGACGGCGUUGGCGGGUCCCGGGACGACGUGACGCACGGCCGGGUGACGAUCACGCACUACCCGUGGCCGGACAUCGAGCUGCCGGUGGGGUGCGCGUGCUCGGGGCUCCACGAACCGUUUGCGUUCGAAUCGUACCCCGGCGCGGCGGUGCGCGUCGAGUUCGCCGUCCGCGACAUGAACGUGACGCAGGACCACAGGGACUUUGGGUUCGCGGCCGAGUACGCGUUCGUGAGGGCGUCGCCGGCGGACAGGAACGCUUGCCAAGACGCCCGCCAGCACCGGCACCUCCACGGGCCCGGCGGCUUCAUCGAUCUGACCGGCGUCCCGGCGGUCGGGGGCCGUCGGCCGUCCAGGGGCGCGUGCGACGACUUCCCGUGGCUCAUCGGACCGGCCACGGCCGGCAGCAGCAUGUUGCGCACCGGCGGCUUCGUGUUCAUGAAGUUACGCGGCUACGAGAUCCAGCGAUGGCGCACCAACUCGUUCAUGUGUCCGACCCGGAACCGAGUGGUGGUAUACACCGGGGCGGGCGACGGGCCCAAAACCGCCAAGGUCAUUUGCCCGUACGAGGCCAGCCACAACGCGCUCCGCGGCUCGUACGAGGCGUUCUCGCCCGGCUGGACCGAACCGCUGACCGGCGCCCAGCAGCUGCAGCCCAACUCCAAGACGGUGGCCGUCGAGUUCCUGAACCGCGAGUACGGUGCAUACACCAUCACCUGGUUGGAGGUGUCCAAGAUGCCGCGCAUCAUGCCGUCCACAAACGUGUACGCCAUGCUGUCAAACGUUCACCCGGACUGCGCUUACAGGUGUCCGGAACUGAACGCGUGCAUCAGUUCGCAGUUCUGGUGCGACGGUGAGACCCACUGCCCGAUGGGCUUCGACGAGGACCCUGUCAACUGCGCGAACCGGAACGGCAUGAACCUCAUGUACGUGGGCGUGCUGGGCGGCACGGCGGUAGUGCUGUUCACGGUCACCGUCGUGGCGGCGGUAGUAUGCCUGCGGUGCAAGGCCAACAGGUCGCGGCGGGCCGAAGACGGCCGGCGGCGCGCGUCCCAGAAGAGUUCGUCCGCCGUCGACUCGAUGAUGUGCGCGGCCGACCGGGUGCACUACGACAAGCGGUUCCUGGAGCAGAACGGCGGAGGCGGCGUGGUCGGCAACUCGCUGGGAAAACGGUAUCCGUCGUCUUCGGACGACCUGUACCUGGAAUGCAAGCAGGACAGCAUGUGUUGACGUAACGACUGCGACGACAGCGUCGACGUGGACGACGGCGGCGGCGAACGCCUUCGAAUCGAGACGACCGUCUGAAUUACGCCACACCCGACCAAACCAAACCGCGGUCGGGUUCGGUAUGAACCGCGAUCGUCGGGUAAACAUGUUUUCGCGUAGUCGCAUAUCGACCCGAAAACCUCACAGAACGAGACGGGCGAUAACGUUAUGUCGCAUUCCGUUCCGUUUCGUUUUUGUUAGUCUCGUAUACAGUAGAAAUCGUUUUUAAGAACAAGUCGGCGAACGUGUCCGGAAUCGAAUAAUAUUUCAUCACGUCUCUGUAUAAAAUCGUCAAACACUCCCCUCGCAACGUCGUUAUGAUAACGAUUUCUACUGCGUUCGAUGAUAUUGUCGCCGUCGUCGGUCCGCCGAACGCCGUUUACAGCGACGUAUGAUAUAAUGUCAUACACAAUAAUAUCGUCGAAUAACACGCUUGUCGGUGAUAACUUUCAUUGUAACUAUAUAUUAUUAUUAUUAUUAUUACUACUACUACUACUAUCAUCGUCGUCGUCGUCGUCAUACAGGUAUUUACCGACGUUUAUAUGGUAUACACGUGUGCAGCCAGUUCGGAAUAAUGUUUUAAAUAACAACCCCCUACUACUAUAUAUACGUGGUAUGCGCCGCAUACCGCCGAACCGCAGGAAUCCGACUUGUGCAUAUCUAUCCGCCGCCCCUCACCGCUCUCGCCGAAUUGUUAUUGUUUAUAUUUUUCCCGUUUGCGAUAUUUACCUUUACUUACACCCGCAGACACGCACACGCGCGUGUAUACAGGGCGUUUCAGAAACGGAGGGCGUAUCGAAUAAACGCGCGAAUUCGACUUAAUGUUAUUGUAUUGGGUUAUUGUAUUAUAUAAUAAUAUACUUACGCUCGGCGACGUGUCCGAGACUAUAUAUUAUUAAUUAUUAUAUAGGCUAAAGACUAGGUUCCCGCCGUAUGAGUCUGCGAAAGAGGUCGUGACCUGUAGUAGUGGACGAUUAUCGGGUAAGCAUAAAUUACUGAUGUGGACGUGAGCGUAUAAUUCAAUUCUAGAACUCGCCACAUUAACCGUAUAGGUCGGUGGUCGUCGUGUACGAAAUUUAGCGUUCGUAUUUUGCACUAGCGAAAUUAUUUAAUUGCACUGUAAGUCAAUAAACAGACUUAUCGUUGUGCGGGAAUCGUCGAUAAAAUAAAAAUGUCACGUAAAAAAAUCGUAUCAAUUUAAUAUUUACUCCGUUCGAACAGGAUAAUAAAAUUCGUUUAAAUGAUCAUACGGUUAUGAGAAUAUAAAAUAAUACAAGUGCUCGAGUAUAUGAAAAAUAUUACGAGUGCGUGAUCCGAGUGAAAAAUAUACGAUGGCUUGUACACAAUCAAAUCGUUUAAAAUAAGUCCAAUCAAAAUUUCAAACAACUCAAAUUCGGAGCUAUUCAUCAGUUUCAAACAUGACAAUUUAGGUAAAUAAAAUUUAGUUGAUCUGUAUUUGUCAUUAACCAUAGACAUAGAUAUACCUGUAUUCCAAAAAUAAUAUAUUACAAUAUCGUUUAAGUCAUUUGAUUUUCUAAUACCAUAAAUAUAGUUUUAUUAUGGUAAUAAAAAUGAAUUUAUGAUAAAUACAGCCUAGUCAUUCUGAUCUGAAACGUCCUAUCGUUAAACGUUACGAUGAAAUGUAAAAAUCUAAGUUAUUACUAUUAUUGCUCGUUUUAAAGACAAAAUAUAAUUAAACUUUUAUGACGUUUAUAAAAAUUGGCAAGUCUUCUUUAGGACCUUGCGGUGUGACAAUUUUGAAUUUUAAUGUUAAGUUUGGUUUUAAUAUAAUUUUAUAUUUUUAAUUCUCAUGUUAUUAAGUACGUGGUAAAGUAUAACGUUAAAGAUAUUAUGGAAUUCCUUACACGAGAAGCGGUAAGAGAAUUCUGCCCCUCGUAAUAGGUUAACUAUGCUGUAUGUACAGUGUAUACGGAUAAUAUUUAGUUCUUACCAUAUAUUUAGUAAAGGAUAUUUUUCCAAGCUUUGGAGGAUAAAUCCGUUUGAAUAUUGAUAGACAUGCCAAAGUAUAUAUUACCUAACCUCGAGCAACAACACAAACUUGCCAAGAAUGUAAAAUAUUGUAAAUCCCCUGUCGUAUAUUUAAAUAAUAAAGUAUAUUUUGAUACAAAAUAUUCUAAAUAACAUGUCUGUUUUGUAAAUGAUUGUUAUUCAAAAACCGUCUAAAAGGCGUUUAGUGACUUUGUUACGCAAUGUGAAUAAUUAUUUUGAAUCAAAAAUAAUAUUAACGUUUUUAAUAAUUACUCUUGAACAAAAAAUAUAUAAUUAUAUACUGAUAGCAUAAAAAAAUGACGAUCACCAUUGUUACAUUAUCUAUCCUACAUUUAAUUUAAUUUUCUUUAAAAAUAUUUUAAUUUAAUUUUUGUUAGUUCCAGUAUAACAUGAAAAAUAAAUCCCAUAUAAUAUUUGAAUGGGUCAUUAUAAUAUUAUAUAACUGUAUAAUUGCGUGAUCUCGUGUAUUCUUAUAACCUAAAAGUCAAGAGACUCGAAAUGACUGAAUAAUUCAUUCAUAUGUUUAUUAAUCUAUUGAAUACUAUGAAUUUGUUGUUAAUAAUUGUUACCUAUGUUUAAAUAUUAUAUUUACAAGUAUUAUUUCAAGUCAUUGCGGAAAAAAUAAGCAUAAAAUCCCCGAACAAAAAGGUUGUGUUAGUUGAUAGUGAAAAUCAGAUAUUUACUAAAAACGGUUUUAUUAUUGUCUGAAAUUGUAUUAGUAAAUAUUUUAACAAAAAAUAAAUAAAUAAUUAAAAUACGGAUUUUUUUAACUUACCUAAAUCUUAAUAAUCAAAUACACAUUUUCUGAUUAGCAUUUUAAAAUAUUUAUAUACUACCUAUUAUAAAUACUACAUAGUACAUACAAAUACUACAUUAUAAUAUACUCGGAUAUAAUUAUGAAUUUAUGAAAUAUGUACCAAUAAUAUAUUAUUUUAAAUUUCCUGGUGUAUUAUACAACUUGUAUGACUGUAUCAAUUAAAUUUAAAAUAAUUUUAGAAUGUUUUUGGAUUUUGUAAAAAAAUUAUCAAGUGCUUAUAAUAAGGUUACAUAGGUUACUAUCUAUAAAGCCCAACGUGUAUUCGCUUACCGCUCCUUGUGUUUGCAAUAAUUUUAAGGUAAAUACAAUUUGUUUAUACAAUAUUAAAAUAUUAAAAUUAUUAUAAUUACUACUAUCUUCCUAAGUUAUUAUUUUCGUCAGACUUUCUUAACCAACCUUGUUUAACUGUAUAAAGCCAUGUUUGUAUAAUCUUUUGUGCCACUUUGAUGUUACCAUAUUAUAUUAUUAUAUAAUAGUUAUUAUAUAAAACAAUACUAUUUUGUUUUUUAAGCUAUAUAUACUCACUUAUUAUUAUUCUCGACCUUUGUAAAUACGGACAUGUGCUCAUUAUAAAUAAACGGUAAAAAUUGAAAUGUAUUUUGUUUUAUUUUACAAAGUCAUUGGCUUAUUGCAAUGAAGAAAACUAUAAUUAUAAAGAAAUGCAAUUGGUAAUACUAAAUACAUAAUAUUAUACUUAUUUCCUUUUGAAUGUUAACUAGUAAAUGUAUCAACGAAUCUAUUGAGUGUGUUAAUUAUUCUAAUAACUAUAUGAUAUAUAAAUCUAUACCUUAACUAUUAAAAAAUAUGUUGUACAAACAUAUUCCGGUUUUAAUUUUUAUCUCAUUAAUCGGAUGUAAAA